UUUCCCUUCUCUUCUCCCCCGGGCUUUCUCUUUUGCUAUUCUUUCCACGACUCUCUCCGGUCGUGUUGAAUUUGUCUUCUGCUUUUCCCCGCAGAGACCUUUUCUCUUUUCCCCGGGCUUCUCCUGCCGCUCCGUUGGCACCGAGCGACAAGUCAGCGAUGGCGGCCGUUUCAGCACCAACCCCCAAGCUGGAUCGCUACAUCGUCAUCCACGUUGCAACCACCUGCGACGAACAUGGCGUAUAUGUCACCAAGGACUCGGCCGAGGUGAUUGAGCUGGGAUGGAUUCUGUUGGACAGCAAGACAUGCGAAGAACUGCACCGUGAAAGCGUUCUUGUCAAACCAGUCAACACUCCGAUCACCCCGCUUUGCACGAGUUUGACCACCUUGACAUGGGAACACGUCCGCUCCGCAGGUACUUUCCGGGAUGCCAUCACUCGAUUCGACACCUUUGCCAAGGAGCACCUCACCAAUAAACAGUUGGAGUUUGCCUUUGUGACGUUGGACUCGUGGGAUCUGCGGGUGCAGCUGCCCCGCGAGGCCCGCGACAAGGCCGUCGUGCUGCCCGCAUACCUGCAGCACUCCCGCACUUUCGACUUGCGCGCCGAAUAUCAGCGCUGGCAGACCCACCACCCCGAGUCGCUGCCUUUCGGUCCCAGCUCGCUUUCCAAUAUCUGCGCUGCCCUCGAGGUUGAGCCCGUCCAGUCGUCCGCCCCGAUCAAGCACAACCUGCCCUUCCAUUUGCAAGCUCUGGCCCCCGCUUCGCCGCGCCGUGCGAUGGAGGAAUCCAUUACUCUUGCCCGUGUGCUUCGGGGUCUCAUCCGCAAGUCGCAGCCGCCGCAAGAACACCCCGAGAUCCUGACUCGCCCCAUGGAUGCCCAUGCCGAUGUCCGGGCCUUUUUGGCAGAGCGGAGUAAGGUCCUGCAUCUCAGUGGCCUGCCCCACGAUACCACCCAGUCGGAGUUGGAGAGCUGGUUCACUCAGUUCGGUGGUCGUCCCAUCGCUUUCUGGACCCUGCGCACACCCGAUCAGCACAAGCCUACUGGCACUGGCUUUGCCGUCUUCUCGUCUCACGAGGAGGCUGCCGAAAGCCUGUGUAUGAACGGCCGGGCACUCAACGAGAAGGCCAUUGAGGUUUCUCCCUCAUCCAGUCGGGUUCUGGACCGCGCCGCCGAGAUUCUCACUCCCUUCCCGCCCUCCAAGAACCGCCCCCGUCCUGGUGAUUGGACUUGCCCGUCCUGCGGCUUCUCCAACUUCCAGCGCCGUACUGCAUGCUUCCGUUGCUCGUUCCCCGCUAUGGCGGCCGCUCCCGACCCAAUGAACUACAACAACUAUGGCUACGGCCCGCCAUCGAUGAUGCCUCCUCACAUGGGCCACGGUGGUCACGGUAUGGGUCACUCGCGUGGUAUGGGUGGCAACGGAGGUGUUGUCCCCUUCCGUGCUGGUGACUGGAAGUGCGGUUCCGAGGGUUGUGGUUACCAUAACUUUGCGAAGAACAUCAACUGUCUGCGCUGCGGGGCUCCUCGCUCCGGUGCUGCGGUUGUGGCCGACUCAGCGUUCCCAUCUCCGAUGGAUCCUCCAUCGCAGUUCAACAUGGGUCCCAACUCGAUGACUAGCACUCCGGCUCCUGCUCCUUUCGCCUCCACCGCCGGAGGCUUCGGUGGCUUCAGCCAGCAGUUCGGCGGCCCGCCCAACAACUACGCCCUGCCCUCUGGCGGUCUAGGCAACACCCCUGGUGCCUAUCCCCCUAUGGGCCAGAUGAACUCGGGUUACGGCUCUUCUAGCACCUCACACUCGGCCGCUUCUUUCGCCAACCCGGCCACCCAGGCCGCCUUCACUGGCGCAGACCACGGUGUGCCCUCCACCAGUGCUUCAAACGGUGCCUUCUACGGCUCCGACGGAUCCAGCGACCCCUUCGCCUUCUUGUCGAGCGGCCUUGGUGGUCUGACUGUUUCUGAAGAUCCUCACUCUCGCCGCAAUGGCGCUGGUGCCAACAAGUCGCCCGCUUAAAUCGGGUAGAGCUGUACCUACUCACGCCUAAGACUGGGCGCUCACACUUAUGUUGUCCAUAUUGCAACCCUGCAUUGUGGCAGGUUCAUGCGUUGGUUGAUAUUCGGUUGAUACGCAUUUUGUAUAAGGGAUUCUGCGGUUCGGUGCAUCGGGUUGGAUGGAGCAGGCGGGUAGCGUGUUCAAGUCGAAUUUCUUUUCUCGCCUCGCCGUCCUGUUGUUGAUGCUUUUUCUGGUUCUGGUUCUGGUUUUUCUUUAUCUUGGUCGUGGAGCUGUUUCCCCAUAUUUGAUUCCAUCUUGCGCUUUUGUUUUUAUCUCUUGGGGAGGGUGUAUUUUUGUUCCCCUGUCCCUUUCUUGUGCGCCUUAUGUCGCUCUGGCAUUGCAUUUUAGAGAUUUUGUGCGUCCCUUUCUGCACUCAUUUGGUCAUGGGAAGCGUCGGAGAAUUCACGGUCUUGAUCUGGGUGGGAUAUACUUGGACUCCGUUUGGGGUGUUGGGGAUUUACUUUGAGCUUGACGCCGGCAUCGAAUCGAGGAUCUCUUCGGGGGCCAUCGAAGCACUGUGAAUGCAAAAAAGAUUGUUUUGGAUGUCCAUAUUGGGGAUUUGUACUUGUCUGAGCGGCUUUAGUAUUCUCUGUAAUUGUCUUUAGAUAGAUUCAUGGACUAUAUUUAUUCGGGAUGGGGAUCUGCUUAGAGCUG